CGCAGCUCUACUCCCACUCUCCCACACACACGUACUCCCCCAGCACCACCUCUCCACCGCCAACCCUCCACCGCACACCCACAUCAUGCCCGCGCGCAAGAGCAACGCUUCCGUCAUGUCCGCCGAGGACCAAGGCCUCAGCGUCGAGGACCUCAACCUCCCCAAGACCAUGGUCAACCGCCUAGCCAAGGGCGCUCUGCCCGCCAACACCAAUCUGCAGAGCAUCGCACAAGCCGCCAUCUCCAAGAGCGCUACCGUCUUCGUCAACUACCUGACCUCACAUGCAAGCGACGUCGCGGCGCGCCAGAACAAGAAGACGAUCCAGCCCAAGGACGUGCUCGAGGCACUCAAGGAAAUUGAAUUCGAGCAGUUCACCGAGCGCGUCGACCGUGAGCUACAGCGCUAUAACACAAUCCAAUGCGACAAGCGCAACACCUACCGCCGCAAAGUCAAGGAAGAAAAGCGCGACGACAUGAACGCGCCGCACAACCCAGAUGCACCGAACGGCGCGGCCGCGCACGCUCCGCCCCACCACGCUCACGACGGUGAGCCCGUUGCCAAGCGCGCGCGUCGGGAUAGCGAGGAGGGCGAGGGUGACGACACGCUGGGGGAUGAGCAUGAGCAGGAAGAGGAGGAAGAGGAGGGUGAAGACGAAGGAGACGAAGAAGCAGAGGACGAGGGCGAUGAAGACGAGGACGAGAAUGAGGGUGAGGGUGAGGAUGGCGAGAGGGAGGACCUGCUGGAGGAGAAGGAAGAGCGCGAGGAGCAGGACGAGGCGCUUGAUGAGGGCGAGGAGAGCGAUUGAACGAUUGCGGUUGCGAUUGCGAUUUCGGCUUCGACUUGUUGCAUUGGCGUGGCGUUUGGGGCUUGGGCGUGUGUUGUUUGGUGUGCAUGAGGGGUUGAUGGACUGAUUGACUGAUUGAUUGUUUAAUUGAUUGAUAGAUGGGGCCGGAGGUCACGACAUCACGGCAUGG